AUGAAAGCUCUCCUAACUCUCCUCGCUCUGUGGCUCCUCCUGCUCUCCAUCACUGUCCAGGGCAAGAUCUACAGCCAGUGUGCUAUUGCCAGAAAUCUAAAAAGACUUGGACUAGCUGGCUUCCAAGGAAUCAGCCUGGCAGAGUGGACCUGUUUGGCCAAAACAGAAAGUGGCUAUAACACACAAGCUACAAAAUUCAACAAUGAAGACCAAAGCACCAGCUAUGGGAUAUUUCAGAUCAGUAGCCGAUACUGGUGUAAUGACGGCAGGACCCCAGGAUCAAAGAAUUACUGUCGAAUAUCCUGCAAAGCUUUGCUGCAGAAUAACAUCAGGGCUGCCGUAGCUUGUGUAAAGAAGAUCGUGAAGGAUCCACGAGGAAUUACUACGUGGGCAAAGUGGAGAAAAAACUGUCCAAAGAGAAACCUGGCUCAGUACAUCCAGGGCUGCAAACUGUAA